AUGCCCUUCGGCCUUACCAAUGCGCCGGCCACCUUUCAACAUUUUAUCAAUGAUUGCGUCCGUGACUACCUUGAUAUGUUCUGUACAGCCUAUCUUGACGAUAUUCUCAUCUACAGCGACACCUUCGAGAGACAUCAAGUACACGUCGAAAAGGUCUUGGAAGCCCUACAAAGAAAUGGAGUACUGCUGAAACCAGAGAAAUGCGAAUUUCAUACACAAAGCACCACCUACUUCGGCCUCAUCAUCGAACCCAAUGGUAUUAAAAUCGAUCCAAGGAAAGUGGAGACAGUGAAGAAUUGGACCGUCCCCAAAACAGUUAAGGAUAUGCAAGCAUUUCUAGGUUUCGCUAAUUUUUACCGCCAAUUCAUACGUGGGUUCUCGGAACUAACUUCCCCCCUUACCAGACUGACACGCAAGGAUAUAUCGUUCGAAUGGACACCCGGAGCCCAAACUGCCUUCAACGCCUUGAAAGAAGCCUUUACCACCGCUCCCAUCCUUACUCAUUUCGACCCGGAGAAAAAAAUUACCGUGGAGACCAAUGCAUCUGACUAUGUCUCUGCCGGUGUAUUCUCCCAAUAUGAUGAUAAUGGUACCCUUCGACCCGUCGCAUACUUCUCAAAAAAGCACUCCCCCGCCGAAUGCAACUACGAAAUUUACGACAAGGAAUUACUGGCGAUUAUUCGAUCCUUUGAGGAAUGGCGACCGGAACUGGAAGGGGCUGCACACCCAAUCGCCGUCAUAUCCGAUCAUAAGAAUCUCGAAUACUUUAUGAGUACUAAACAACUCAACCGGAGACAAGCCCUGUGGGCGGAGUAUUUAUCACGGUUUAAUUUUGUCAUCAAGUACCGACCAGGGAAACAAGGAGGGAAACCGGACGCGUUGACAAGAAGAUCAGGAGAUCUCCCUGGAGAGGGGGAUGAAAGACAAUUACACCAGAGUCAAGUUGUAAGGAAGAAGGAAAAUCUUGAUGCAAAGCUAAGUUUCUUGGCGGAUUCUUUCUCAAAUGAGCCCGCUGAAAAGAACGCCUCACUGAAUAGUCUAUUCGAUGAAGAAUAUAGCGCUGACCCGUUUCCACAAAAGAUACUGGAUAUGCGGAACAAAGGUGAGCGACAAUCAAAGGACAUAUCACUCGGCGAAUGCACCGAAGUUGAAGGCCGGUUGCUUUACCGAGGCAGCAUAUAUGUACCCGACUACGACCCUCUCAAGCUCCGAAUCCUCCAACUUUACCAUGACGCUGCCUCCGCCGGACAACCUGGACGUGAAAAAACAUUCGAACUUAUCAGUCGAGACUACUACUGGCCCCUUAUGCGGAAUUAUAUUGCCCGCUACGUUCGGAACUGCCACACCUAUCAACGAAGCAAACCCAACACCCAUGGAAAGCUCGGCGUACUUCGACCUUUACCAAUUUCCGAACAACCAUGGCAGGAGGUAUCAAUGGACUUCGUCACUGGCCUACCGGAGAGCGAAGGGUACGAUGCAAUUAUGGUGGUUGUUGACCGGUUAACAAAGAUGCGACAUCUUCUGCCCUUUAAUACCACCGUUAACUCCGAAGAUGUCGCCCAACUAUAUCUGCGGAAUAUAUGGAAGCUCCAUGGGCUACCCACACAUGUCACCUCCGACCGCGGUACGCAAUUCACAGCCAAGUUCUGGAAGGCUCUCUGCAAACACCUCAACAUUGAAGCAAGAAUGUCCACCGUCUUCCACCCGGAGACCCACGGCCAAACUGAAAGGCUGAACGCCGUAAUGGAGCAAUAUCUAUGUGGUUAUGUCUCUUAUCAACAGGACGAUUGGGUAAAAUGGCUUCCUAUGGCAGAAUUCUCCGCCAAUAAUCAGGUCUCCGCAUCUACCAAAGCUACACCAUUCUUGGCGAACUAUGGUUUCCACCCUCGGUUCACAGUGACGAUCAAAUCGCUUGACAGGACCCCACCAAGCCUUAAUGCUAAAGAGUUCGCUUUGAAGAUGAAAGAACUCCACCAACACCUACGCUCCAAUAUCCGCACAGCGCAAGACCAACAAGAACAGGCCGUCAAUACCAAACGAACGCCGGCUCCGCGGUACGACAUUGGCGAUAUGGUGUUUGUUUCAGCAAAAAACAUCCGAACCACCCGUAACUCUCGGAAGUUGGACUGGAAGAAGCUGGGACCAUUCCCCGUCAAAGAAUUCAUAUCGCCAUAUGCGUACCGAAUCGACCUGCCUAGGAGUAUGAAGGUGCACCCCGUCUUCCACGUAUCGUUGCUAAACCCCGCUGCAAAUGACCCCGUUCCAGGGCAAACUCAACCACCACCCCCGCCUAUUAUCGUUGAACAGGAGGAGGAGUAUGCAGUUGAGGAAAUCUUGGACUCGAGGGAAACAAGAAAUAACGGCCUGCAAUACUUUGUUAAAUGGAUAGGCUAUACUGACCCCACCUGGGAGCCCGCCGCAUACCACGAAAAUGCCGCCGCCGUUGAUGUCUUCCAUACAUGUUACCCCGAUAAACCUGGACCGUUGGAAGGAAAGAUUAAGGUUAAGGCUCGCAGGAGCUCGCGUUUGAAGGGGGGGGCUACUUUCAUGGAUCGACUAGUGAAUAUACUGGGUUACGAGAAGUUGGAUUAG